GAUAAGUCGUGCCGAUAACCUGUUAUCAUGGUGCAGUCUCGUCAUGUUAUAACAUAGUGUUAUCAUCUUAUCGCAGCCUUAAAAACAUUCAUCUCUGUAGGUAUAAAAACCCAACAUCUGAUUUCAAUGUUCCGACGCGGUAGGCUUUUAUUCAGCGCUAUCAUGAAGCCGAAUUUCCAAAACACUACCAAUUUUCAAUCCUCAAAUGUCAAUCAACCAACUAUCUUAGAAAUUAGAAUUCCGGUCCCGUGGGGUCACAUAGCUGGUAAAUGGUGGGGGCCCACCGACAAGAGACCCAUUUUAAUCAUGCAUGGUUGGCAAGAUAACUGCGACUCCUUCAACCGAUUGCUUCCUUUAAUGAGUCAAGACGUUGGUUUCUUAGCCAUAGAUCUCCCAGGCCACGGUUACUCUUCGCAAAUUCCAGACGGCUUCUACUACCACAACAUAAACUACCUCAUUUUGAUCCAACGCUUGGUGGAUUAUUUCAAAUGGCCCCAAGUCUCACUAAUGGGUCACUCCUUAGGCGCCCGAACUUCCUUCCUCUACACCAUAAUGAACCCCCAAAAAGUAGAUUUUUUAAUUUGUUUGGAUGGUCUCAAGCCACUCACUGACGACGAAGUCAUCAACACUAACGCAAAAACAAUUUCGAAAUUUCUACAAUACGAAAAACUGAGAAGACAGAAUACAGAACCUCCCGCUUAUACUAUAGAGGAAAUUAAACAGAAAAUGUCGAGUUCUCUUGGUGGUUCCGUUGCUUACGAACACAGCCACCAUUUGAUUGAACGUAGUGUCGCUCCUUCAAAAAACCAACCGGGAAAGUACUGUUUCAGGAGAGAUCCUAGGUUAAAAGUGACCGAAUUAAUUAACUGGAGGCAGGAGGACUUGGUACCUGGUGCCCGACGGGUACGAUGUCCUGUUUUCAUUGCAAAAGCAAUUGGUGCGCCUUAUUACGAGGACGAGAAGAUAUUUCUUGAUGUUGUAGACGCUCUUAAAGAAAGUGGGAAUUGUGAGUUCCAUAGGUUGGAAGGGACGCAUCAUUUGCAUCUGAAUAAUCCCGAAGUACUAGCAGAAUUGGUUAAAAAGUUCCUCAGACGGUACGAUAAAUCGGAUAGGAGUACCGGUGGUAUCAAAGGGGAAAUGGUACACAGGCAACACAAACUAUAGUUGUGUAUAGUGCGGGCGAACAACAGUUCGUGUUCUACAAAACUUUUUCGAUUUUUUUAAUGACUACAGGUCUAUGUUUUUAUGGACUACAUAAAUUAACAUUAUUUAAA